AUGGGCAAUUGUCUGGAGACAUGGAAGCAUGGUCAACAAGGAGAGAAGAAAGAACAUCAAGAAGAUGAAGAACUGAAGGUAGGUGGUGAAGCUAAGGAAGAUUUUGGAAAGAGUGGUUUUAGGGUGAAACUAGUAUUGACAAGAGAGGAGCUGGAGUGGUUGAUGCUUCAGUUGAAGGAGAAAGGAGGGAAGAAAUUAGAAUAUAUUCUGGGAGAAAUAGAGAAUGGCAGAGGAGGAAAGGUUGAAGGGUGGAAACCUUCUUUAGAAAGCAUCAUGGAGGACCCUGAGGUAUAUGAGAUGGAUAAAUGA